GGUCCCUCCCCGAGUCAGGCCAGGACAGCUCCAUGGAUCCUGCUCCCGCUGAGGAGUGGGGUCCAGUCGUCCGGAGCCCAUCAGACCCGCUGUCGUUCCCAGUCCCGGGCUGGGAAGCUUGCAUUUUGCUGCCUGCACGUUAGAGUGCAUCCCGUUAGAGUGCAUCCGUCAGCCCACAGCUUUCCCACCCCCACCCCCAGGCUGGCCGCGGUUCACUCCCUGGAUUUUGAGAGGGUCCUGUUGGUACUCUUCCGCAGCCACACUUUAAUUUUCUGUUUCUUUCUGGUCUCAGUGAAAUUGUUGCCAGUGGACUGCGAGAGGAAAAACGAUGAGUUCUGUCAGGCCAAGCAGAAGGCGGCCUUGCUGGAGCUGCUGCACGAACUCUACAACUUCCUGGCCAUCCAAGCCGGGAACUUUGAAUGUGGGAAUCCAGAUAAGCUAAAAAGCAAGUGCAUCCCUGUAGCAGAAGCCCAGGAAUACGUAGCAAAUGUGACCAGCAGCUCCACCGCCAAGUUUGAAGCCGCACUGACCUGGAUACUAAGCAGCAACAAGGACGUGGGCAUCUGUUUGAAAGGGGAAGACCCAUCUGAAUUGGUGACAACCGUGGACAAGGUGGUCUGCUUGGAAUCCGCCCGCCCCCGCAUGGGUGUGGGCUGCCGCCUGAGCCGGGCCCUGCUCACCGCCGUCACCCACGUGCUCAUCUUCUUCUGGUGCUUGGCCUUUUUGUGGGGACUCCUGAUCUUCCUGAAAUAUCGGUGGCGCAAGUUAGAAGAGGAGGAGCAGGCCAUGUAUGAGAUGGUGAAGAAGAUUAUAGAUGUGGUCCAGGACCACUACGUGGACUGGGAGCAGGACAUGGAGCGCUACCCGUACGUGGGCAUCCUGCACGUGCGCGACACACUCAUCCCUCCGCAGAGCCGGUGAGUCCAGGGUCUGCCCCACUCAGUGCCUCUUGUCAGCGGCCAGGAUCC